ACUGCAAAAUCCAUAACUUUAGCGAGACGCGAUUCAAAAACUUCAAGUAAGCAAAUCCGUAGAGAGAGAGAGAGAGAGAGAGAGAGAGAGGGAGGUGAUUUUGAAAUUAAAUUUUCACUCUCCGACUACCUUAUCCACCGGAGUUUCUUCUCCUACUGUCUAUUCUCCUCGCAGGAGUUAACAGCUGUUCUCCGCACAAGUACUCUUUCCUCCUCCGGGCAGUUACCGAUCGCUCGAAUCGUUCUUCAAGAUGAUUGGAUCGUUUCUUACAAGAGGAUUGGUGAUGUUGUUGGGUUAUGCCUACCCUGCGUACGAAUGCUACAAGACUGUUGAAAAGAACAGGCCUGAAAUUGAGCAACUUCGCUUUUGGUGCCAGUACUGGAUAUUGGUUGCUUGCUUGACAGUCUUUGAGAGAGUUGGUGAUGCCUUUGUUUCAUGGGUUCCAAUGUACAGUGAAGCUAAGUUAGCAUUCUUCAUCUACCUGUGGUAUCCUAAAACCAGGGGCACUACCUAUGUCUACGAAUCCUUCUUUAGGCCAUAUCUCUCACAGCAUGAGAAUGACAUAGACCAUAGUUUGUUGGAGCUAAGGACAAGAGCUGGAGAUAUGGCUGUUGUAUAUUGGCAACGAGUUGCAAGCUAUGGUCAGACCAGAAUCUUUGAGAUUCUCCAGUAUGUUGCUGCACAAUCAACUCCAAGGCCGCAACAACCUCAGAAACGUGGAGGCAGAGCUAAUCAAGUUCCUGUUAAGCCUAAGAAAUCCCCUACCGUUCAACCAGAACCUGAAGAAGCAGCGUCGUCUAGCUCGUCUUCAAGCGACAGUGACGGUAAUGAUGCUACCAGUAAAGCAGCAGGCCCUUCAAAAGCUACUUCUGGACCAGCCACAGAUACCAAAACCGCGGGUAUCACUCAGAUAGUACAAAAGUUAGUCUCUUCUCCCCCAACCCAAUCAACCUCCCAAGUGGAAGCGGAACCAAUGCAGAUAGAAGAAGUGGAAGGAGAAGGGGAAGCGGAAUCAGUGAAUGGAAACGCGAACCCGGAAGGUCCAAAGGAGACAGUUAUGGAGCAGACAAUCAGGAUGACUCGCGGGAGGUUGAGGAAGACGCGGUCAGAGGAAAGCCGUUGAAAUAAAAGGUUCAAAAGUUGUUGACUACUUUCAUUACAUUUGUCUCUCUGUCUCUAGUCCUGCUUCUAGAAUUAUGUCGACAGGAAGUAAACUAGUUGGGAUGCUUGUGUGAAAAGUAAAUCUGCUUGUUUUUUUUUUCUUUCUUUUAUUCAAUUCGUUGCGUUAGGUGUAUGGCACUCUUUGUUUUGUACUUUUGUUUGUUUCUCCUGA